CAGUCCCAUCUUAAGGGUGUUUUUGAGGGCAUCUCGCCACCUUUGAGGGCAUCUCCUGGGAUCAAGGCCAACUCCCCCACCUCAAUCCCAUCUUCCCACAUGCCACCUUUGAGGCCACCUCCCCAGCUUCACCAGCGCCCAUCCAUCCACCCCUCCCCACUUUCCUGACCCCGAAGAUCUUCUUCCCUGGGCAGGAAUGGACCCGGCCACCACCUCCAAGAGCAACCACUGCCUGGACGCGGCCAAGGCCUGCAACCUCAACGACAACUGCAAGCGCCUGCGCUCGGGCUACAUCUCCACCUGCAGCCGGGAGCUGUCGGCCACCGAGCCCUGCAGCCGCCGCAAGUGCCACAAGGCCCUGCGCCAGUUCUUCGACCGCGUGCCCGGCGAGUUCACCUUCCGCCUGCUCUUCUGCUCCUGCAAGGACCCGGCGUGCGCCGAGCGCCGCCGCCAGACCAUCGUCCCCUCCUGCUCCUACGAGGACAAGGACAAGCCCAACUGCCUGGACCUGCGCGGCGCCUGCCGGGCGGAUCACCUGUGCAGAUCCCGGCUGGCCGAUUUCCACACCAACUGCCAGGCCACCUUCCAGUCCCUGACCAGCUGUCCUGGGGACAACUUCCAGGCGUGCCUGGGCUCCUACGCAGGGCUCAUCGGCUUCGACAUCACCCCCAACUACGUGGACGCCAGCACCACCAGCAUCACCAUCUCGCCCUGGUGCUCCUGCAAAGGCAGCGGGAAUAUGGAGGAGGAGUGCGAGAAAUUCCUGCGGGAUUUCACGGAAAAUCCCUGUCUCCGAAACGCCAUCCAAGCUUUCGGGAACGGCACCGACGUGAACCUGGCUCCCAAAAAUCCCAAUCCCGCGGUGACGGUGCUGCCGAAGGUGGAGAAGAGCCCGGUGCUGCCGGACGACGUCAACGACAGCAACACCGCCUACGACACCAGCGUCAUCAGCACCUGCACCUCCCUCCAGGAACAAGGCCUGAAGCCCAACAGAUCCAAGGAGCAGAGCUUGUGCUACUCCCAGGCCCAGCUGACCACGGAUGUGAUGCCAGACCAGAAGACUUUCGUGGAUCCCAAGGCGGGAAGCAGCCGGCAGCGGGAGAGCCAGAUCCUGCUCCUCGUUCCCAUCCUGAUCCCGGUGCUGGGGCUAUAGAGGGGCGGGAAGGAGCGGCCGGUGGGACGGGGACGCUCGGACCAGUGCCACCAGUGCCACCAGCGCCCACCGCUGCCGCGCGUAUGCCGGAGACUGGAACGCUCCCAAACCCCGGGAAUGCCGAGCUCCGGAGAGGCAGGAGGAGCCUUCACCACGCUGGGAAACUUUGGUGGUUUUCUUCCUACUUUUCAUUUUUCCCGUUUUUCUGGGUUUUUUUUUUUUUUUUUUGGUCUUUUCUGGGUUGGUUUUCCAGAGCGGCUCCUGGGAAAACUCCCUGGAAUGGGCCUGGAAUGGGGGUCUGGAGCUGCCGGCGGUGCCGGGGAGGGGAAAAAAGUCGGAGAAAGGCUUUGGGAAAGGUGAAUUUCAGGAUUUUUGCACUGGGGUGGCCACAGGGACAACAAGGAUUCCACAUGGGAACAUCCCGGAGGAUGAAGGCGCCAUCGGGAGCCACCUGGAGGGGACUCCCACAGCUCUUCCCAUUCGUUUUUGGGGAAUUUUGGUUGGGAUUUUUUCCUCGGAGAGUUUCCGAAUGGAAGAGAAAAGAAACUGGUGUGAAACAUGUGAGGCUGUGCUGAUGUUUUCAAUCAUUCCAGGGGAAGAGGUUCCAUUUUCUUUUCUUCUUUUUUUUAAUUUUUUAUUUUUUUAUUUGGAAUUUGGGUUGGGAGUGGAAUUUGACCCAUCCAGGGUCAGAAUUCCCUAUUUUCCCUCUCCACUUUAUUUCCUAUACACAUAUAACAUAUGGAUAUUCCCAUAUACGUAACCCUACCCAUGCUGUGGCUUUUUAAUUCCCAUUUUUCCCUUUAUUUUCCCUCUUUUUAAAUUUUUUUUUUAAUCCUCCGAUUCCCGCAACAACUUCCAAAUGUAUUCUUGGAAAAUUUAUUUUUUUUAACGAUGUCUAUAAUGGAAAAAAAAAAAAAAGAAAAACCAAAAUAAACCAAGGAGAACAAACCAAGGAAUCAAACA